AUGGAGGAGGCGGCCACCCCUUUUGAUGGGACCCAUACGGAGGGAGGGAGCGCCAACCCGCAGGGCCCCUCCUAUAAAAUGAAUGACAAUGAGAGUAACCACGUGAAGACCUGGAGAGGAAAUAAUUUCCCCUCGCAUGAGUUUCCCCAUAAGCAGUUUCGCCGCUUCCGUUAUGGAUUGACCAGAGGGGGACGCGCAAAUGGGAAAUUUUAUUUUGCAAAUAAAACUCUCCAUGUGGCGGCGCAGCGUGACGCCUCUUUUUUGGUUAAGCACCCCCAGCAAGGGCACCUCCGUCGGGGGCAAAAGAGAAACUGGGCCGGGGCGCCUCCGCGCUGGCUCCCCACGGAGAAAGAAGCAGAAGGGGGGGAAGCAGCAGAGGGGGAAGCAGCAGAGGGGGAAGAGGCAGAAGAGGAGAAGGCAGAGGCAGACGCAGAGGCAAACGCAGAAGAGGAGGAAGGGGAAGAACCCCCGAGCCAGCUCCCCCGGGACCAGAAGCCAUGGCGCAAAUCGCAGAACGAAAUGGUGUGGGACGUGCUGAGGGACGCCGCUGAGUAUUUUAGAAGUUGCAGGGGGGCCAGGGCGGGCGAGGCAAACGAGUCAGACGAGACAGACGAAGCAAACGAAACGGACGAAGCGGACGAAGCGGACGAAGCGGACGAAGCGGAGGGAGACGCAGACGGCGUGGUGAAGGACUCGCUAACUUCACCGCUAGCUCCCCAGAUGGCUUCCCCCUUAGCUCCACCGCCACCCCCCCCCGGGGGACGCCCCUGCUGCGUGUGCCGGGUGAACCCACACAAAUACAAGUGCCCCUUCUGCGAGGCGCUGUCCUGCUCACUACCCUGUGCGAAGAAGCACAAAAAGUUGAAAAAAUGUAAAAAUAAAUUAAAAAAAAAUUUUAAAGUUCAAAAAGUGGCCAAGAAAAACCUAAACGAAAGCAUGCUCCACAAAGACUACCAAUUUCUCCAGGGGGUGGAGUCCAUUAUUCACGGAAAUGAUCGGUUCCUCAGGAUAAAAGAAAAUGAAACGACGACCAUAUGGCUGUACAAUCAUAGUAAGUUAACUAGCGUUUUAAAAAAAAGAAAAAUAUUUUUACUGAAGGCACCUCUGUAUACGAAGCUACACCAAGGGAAUAGAACGACCAUUCGACAGGAUACCAUUUUUUGGAUGGUCAGAGUCACCCUCGUGAAUGACUGCCUCUUCGUCACCCACCAGGACGUCAGUGAGGACACCCCCCUUUUGCAGCUCCUCAACUUGUCUCUAGCCAAAGUGCAGAAGAAGAGAAAACCCCUCCGGGUUAAUUAUCUCGACCAUUUGAAUGCCAUAAGGGUCUCUCUCCAAACUGCUCAGGUAAAUAGGGGGGCCGAAAAGGCGGGCGCCCUUUUCUGCGUCCUUCCAACCAUUAGGGACGUCCUUCGUGGCCAGACCUUUUAUGAGUACCCGCACCUCAGCUUUGAGGUUCCCUUCCGGGACGGCGCGCCCGUCGCGAACCCCGCCUACGAGCAGGCCACGCGCAGGCAGCAGGGGGGCGCGCCUGAGGAGGGGCAGACCAACCAGAGCAGCAACGACGUAGCUGCGGAGGAGGGGAGGACAAAUGAAGACACUAACCAAGUGGGAGAGGAGGAGCAGCGUAACAACGCAGAUGAUGAGGAGGGGAAGACCAACCAGGGUAGCAACCGCGCAGUUGAUGAGGAGAAGCAGGCCAACGAAAGCGGCAACGACGUAGCUACGGAGGAGGGGCAACCCAACCAGAGCAGCAACGACGUAGCUACGGAGCAGCAGUGUAACCGCUCAGCUGAUGAGGACACCCCCAGCCAAGCGGAUGCCCCCACCUGUGACAAACAGGCGAAGGGGCAAACACACGUGGAGGAACAAAGCAACCCCCCACCGCAGGUUUGAAGGUGCCUCCCCGGGGGGGGGCCUCCCUAACGGCACGUCUCCAUCUGCAGCAGCGGCACCACGUUUGUAUCUCCACCCAGUUGCUUUAAUUUUUUGUAAUCCACUUACCACCCGUUUGAUCUGUUUCAAAUUGGUGCCUACGUGAUGGGCGCCUCCGCAUCGUUGCUGCGUGGCUGUUGCUGCGUCGCUGCUUCGCCGCUUCGCAUGUGAUGUGCGUUCAUUUGUCGCCCCCACAUUUCGCACAACCGACUUAACCGCGAACUUCACCACUUCGA